AGUUGGGUAUUGUGGGCUGCCUGUCUCCUAUCUAAACUGGCAUCUUUAAGAUUUGAUUCCAACAGAUCAAAACUUGGGACCCACAUGCUCACAAAUUCUGGAGAGCUUUGAAAUUCAAACUAAAUUUUCCCAAAGGGUCUCAUCUUUAUAGUGUAUCACACCACAGUGCUGACAUAAAUGCUUCUUGAGCAUUGGUGUUUGAAUUCCAGACCUGAAUUGUAUCAAGUGACUCUAGAACGUAUGUAGUUUUCCCUGAUUAUACUCCCAAGCGUAGCUUGUGCCGUGGAUUCACUUUUGUUCAUUUCAGAAAAUCUUUUUCCUUUAAGAAGUAGAGGCCCCUGGAUUAUAGGAUCCUCUGUAAAAGUGAUUAUGAUGCUGACUUGUUCUUCCUGUCUCUUUCCCCUAGCUUAUCUAAAUUGGAUUGUUCACUCUAGCCAUGACAUUGAAUGGGUCAGUUCACGCACAGGGUUCCAAAAAGUUUGGGUCCUUUGGUCAGCAAAGUGAAAGAAUAUCAGGUGGAAACUAUUGUGGAUACACUGUGCACAAACAUGCUGUCGGAUAAGGAACAGCUCCGGGAUAUCUCCAGCAUUGGACUGAAAACUGUCAUCUCAGAGUUGCCUCCAGCAUCUACAGGUUCCACCAUGACGGCAAAUGUGUGCAAAAAGAUCACAGCCCAGCUGACUGGAGCCAUUGGCAAGCAGGAGGAUGUAUCUGUUCAAUUAGAGGCUCUUGACAUCCUGUCAGAUAUGUUGAGCAGGUUAGGGGCAACCCUUUACUCUUUUCAUUCCUCCAUCCUGAACUGCCUCCUUCCUCAGCUCACAAGCCCCAGGUUGGCUGUGCGAAAAAGGGCUAUCAUUGCUUUGGGCCACCUGGUCUUGACUUGCAAUGGAAACAUCUUCUCAGAACUCAUGGAGCACCUGUUAGCUGAGCUGAAGAGGAAUGAGUCUACUUCUACCACGAGAACAUAUAUCCAGUGUAUUGCUGGAAUCAGCAGGCAGGCUGGACACCGCAUAGGAGAACAUCUGGAGAAGAUAAUCCCGUUGAUUGUUCAGUAUUGUAAUGUGGAGGAUGAUGAACUGAGGGAGUACUGCUUUCAGGCCUUUGAGUCUUUUGUAAGAAGGUGUCCAAAGGAAAUUGGUCCUCACAUCCCUAGCGUGAUGGGAUUGUGCCUGAAAUAUAUCACUUAUGACCCAAAUUAUAACUAUGAUAAUGAGGAAGAGGAGGAGGAAGAAGAAAUGAUGGAGACUGGGAAUGGGGAGGAUGAAGAACAAGAGAGCGAUGAUGAGUACAGCGAUGAUGAUGACAUCAGCUGGAAAGUCCGCAGGUCUGCAGCAAAAUGCCUGGAAGCCAUUGUCAGCACCAGACAUGAUCUCCUUCAGGAUUUCUAUAAAAAUCUCUCCCCAGUUUUGAUAAGCAGAUUCAAGGAACGAGAGGAGAAUGUCAAAGCCGACAUCUUCUGUGCUUAUAUUUCCUUGCUAAAGCAAACACUUCCUAUACAGAGCUGGCUCCAUGCAUCCGACUCGGCAGGCAAGGAAGAUAUACCCCUCACUAUGCUUCAGAACCAGGUUCCUAACAUCAUCAAGGCCUUGCACAAGCAGCUCAAGGAGAAAAGCAUUAAAUCGAGGCAAGGGUGCUUCAGCCUCCUGACAGAGCUGGCCAACGUUCUCCCCGGCUGCCUGGCAGAUCACAUCCCUGCGUUGGUGCCUGGUAUUGUCUUCUCUUUGGCUGAUAAGUCUAGCUCCUCCAACAUGAGGAUUGAUACACUGUCUUUCCUUCACGUUCUUCUUUGCAACCACCAGCCAGAAGUAUUUCAUCUUCAUAUUAAGACAUUGGUUCCUCCAGUUGUGACUUGUAUUGGAGACCCCUUUUAUAAGAUCACUUCAGAAGCUUUGCUGGUUACUCAGCAGCUUGUGAAAGUCAUCCGGCCUUUGGACAAGCCUGGUGCAUUUGAUGUUAAGCCGUAUGUGAAAGACCUUUUCUCUGGGACUCUAAAGAGACUGAAAGCUGCAGAUAUAGAUCAAGAGGUGAAAGAACGUGCUAUUUCUUGCAUGGGGCAGAUUAUUUGCAAUCUUGGCGACCAUCUCAGUAGUGAUCUCCAGUCAACCUUGAAGAUAUUUCUAGACAGGCUUAAAAAUGAAAUAACCAGACUGACAACAGUCAAAGCGGUAACCUUAAUUGCUAGUUCUCCACUUAAAAUAGACUUAAGACCCAUUUUAGGGGAAGGCUUCCCCAUUCUAGCUUCCUUCUUGCGAAAGAAUCAACGUGCCUUGAAACUGAGUACCUUGGCUGCUCUGGACAUCUUGAUUAAGAACUACAGUGACAGCCUCAAGCCAGCCAUGAUAGAGUCUGUUCUCACAGAGCUUCCUGCUUUAAUUAGUGAAAAUGAUAUGCAUGUUUCCCAAGUUGCUAUUGUGUUUCUUACCACAUUAGCUAAGGUUUAUCCAUCAUCCUUAUCCAAGAUAAGUGGCUCGGUUCUUUCUGAAAUUUUCCAGCUCGUCCACUCCCCUUUGCUACAAGGCGGUGCAUUGAAUGCCAUAAUAGACUUCUUCCAAGCUCUGGUUAUAACAAAGACAGCCAGCAUGGGCUAUACAGAACUGAUGAAGCAGCUGAUUGGUCCUAUAUACUCACUGAGUUCUGCUGGGGCAUCUGUAACUUUACAUAAACAGGCUUAUUACUCUGUAGCAAAGUGUGUGGCUGCCCUUUCAACAGCCUGCCCAAAAGAAGCCGCUGGGGUAGUGAACCAAUUUAUUCAGGAUGUGAAGAGUCCCAAGUCCAGCUCAGCUGUUAAAAUGCUGGCCUUCCUGUCCCUGGCAGAGAUGGGGCGCACCAUGAACCUCAGUGCUCAGAAGGAGCUCAAAAUGGUCAUUCUGGAAGCUUUUGCUUCUCCCAGCGAAGAGGUGAAAUCAGCAGCUUCCUAUGCUCUUGGGAACAUCAGCGUUGGAAACCUUAAGGAAUAUCUUCCCUUCAUGCUGAAGGAGAUUGGAAGCCAGCCCAGGAGACAAUACUUGCUACUGCAUUCUCUAAAGGAAGUCAUCAGUUCUUCCCCAGCGGAUGGCCUGAAACCUUAUGUGGAGGAUAUUUGGGCUCUGCUUUUCAAACACUGUGAGUGUGCGGAGGAAGGGACACGCAAUGUGGUCUCGGAGUGCUUGGGGAAAUUGACUUUGGUGAAUCCGUCUCAGCUGCUGCCCAGGCUGAAAAAACAGCUGUCAUCAGGUUCCCCGCAUGCACGAAGCACUGUCGUAACUGCAAUCAAAUUCACAAUUUCAGAUCAGCCUCAACCUAUAGACAGACUUCUAAAAGGUUGCAUAGGAGACUUCUUAAAGACACUUCAGGAUCCUGACUUGAAUGUCCGGCGUGUUGCUUUAGCCAUGUUUAAUUCUGCUGCUCACAACAAGCCUUCGUUAAUCAGAGACCUGCUGAACACUGUCCUACCCCACUUAUACAAUGAAACUAAAAUCAGAAGGGAACUUAUACGGGAGGUAGAAAUGGGGCCAUUCAAACACACCGUGGAUGAUGGCCUGGAUGUGAGGAAAGCUGCUUUUGAAUGUAUGUACACACUGUUGGAAAGCUGCCUUGACCGACUGGAUAUCUAUGAGUACUUAAACCACGUGGAGGAUGGACUGAAGGAUCACUAUGACAUUAGGAUGCUGACUUUCAUUAUGCUGGCUCGACUCUCCACCCUUUGUCCUAACGCAGUUCUGCAGAGGCUGGAGCGGCUGAUUGAGCCACUGCGAGCAACCUGCUCUACUAAGGUAAAAGCCGGUUCUGUGAAACAGGAGUUUGAAAAGCAGGAUGAGCUGAAACGUUCAGCAAUGAGAGCAGUUGCUGCUUUGCUAACCAUCCCUGAAGUGGAGAAAAGUCCAGUGAUGGCUGAAUUUUCUUCUCAAAUCAGAGCCAAUCCUGAAAUGGCUUCGCUCUUCGAGAGUAUUCAGAAGGAUUCUGCUUCGUUGUCCACCACAGAAUCCAUGGAGAUGAGUUAAAGUUCACCCUGUCUUUCCAUCUCCCCAUCCCCAUCACCCUCCUGUCCCCAUAAUGCAUUGCGGAAAUGGAUUUCUUGUAGGCAGGCUAAGAAAGAAUGUCUUGGAGCUGGGCUCAACUGCAGGAGCCAUAUAAACCAAACACAAAUUGGCUGCGUAGUUCCAGCUGCCCAAAUGCAGGCGUCUGCUUCCUCUUGCUGAAUUCUAAUCUUGCAGAUGUGGCUAAGGUAAAAAGCCGUUGCUAGGAGGGAGUGAAAUACAGUGCAUUAAAUUCUUCAGCAAGUUGUUAGAUGGGAGGAAUGAGACCAUUUAAAUUUGUUUUAGUAUGGUGCUGCAAAAUGGAACCCUCCUCCCAGAAUGAUUCCCCACCACAGCGCCUUGUUUGGAAUAGUAGCAUGAGGGGGAAAAAGCUUCAAGGUGACUUAGUUCUCAUUUUUACCAUUGCACAUGCACUUUGCACCCCAAUUGCCCUGUCAACAGAAGGAAUUUCUUUAUCUUUUCACUAGACAACAGUGGCCAAGAAGCUUAGUCUUGUGACAGAACUGGCCACCAGUUAAGUUUCACUGUCUCCUGGUGUCAAAAUUGCUAGGUCUAAAAAGAGUCUUCACCCUAAGGUGUUAGCUAAAUGAAUUGUCUGCUAUAAGCUGCACACGCUAUUUAUUACUUACAAUUUCUUGACUUUCCCUGUAGGUCAAUGCAUAAAGCAAGAGAACUGAUCCUUAGUUACCUUUGUGGAGGCAGGUGGAUAACAAGGCUUUUCCCCCCUUGAUUUCACUAUCAAGGAGUUUGGCUGCACAAAGUGUCUCUGAAAUCAACUGUCUUCCAAAAUGGAAUGUCACCUGCUAAUUACAUUUUAACCUUCCAGAGUCGUCUUUAUCUUUAAUCUGUAUGUGCAACAGCCUCUUUCCCUUGUUUAAAUUGCCAGCAGUGUUCUUCUGGGUGACCAUUGGAUACCAAAGCACUGAUGUAUUCCAAAUUUGUCAUCUUAGAAGUAAAAUACAGCAUGUUGCUGUCAGACACCUGCAUUCAGUACUCUCCUAUUUUUGCUAGAUAUUUUGUAUUGGGCCACUAAAUGAGAACUUGCAGGAACGUAAGUGCUUUUCAGAAGACUAGAACCUUUGCACAUCACUUAACGUUAUUUUAAUGGUUUUGCUCAAAUCCUACCCUGCCCUAAGAAGUGAUGGAUGCAGGGAAAGUUCUUUAACAAUAAGCGAUGGAUAGAGUAAUAGUAAACUACAGAAUGAAGCCACCAUGACACCUCUUGUAGCCAUGGAUUUGUACUAAGCUUUCAGUUCAGGGCUUUUCUCCUUGUUUUUGAUAAGAGUGGUUGGUGUGAAACAUUUGAGCUGGUCUAUUUAUAGUGUGGAGUGUGAGAAUUUCCAUGCUGUAUGAGUGGCAUCCAAAGAAAAUAAAGAGAGAUGAUGAAGCUGUUA